AUGAUGGUCCCUAGAGCAUUCAUGUUCACCUCGGCACAGCCGCAGAAGUCUUUCCAGUCUAGCAUGAAACCGUAUCCUUCUUCGGAGUACCCCGGCCAUCGCCCCGCCACAAAGACUGAGGCCCGCAGAUCAACAAGCACCAACCCGGUGGUGAUUCCUCCAAAGCGAGGCUCGCGGACAAUGCCAGCACGUCAAGGCAGCCGGUCUCGAGCUCUUUCGAAAACAUCCGAAGUUUCUCGUCGAUCGUCAUCCAGCUCAUCUAAUGAACGCCACAUACCUACGUCAUUCACUUCCAUGCUAGAUGCGACGGCCAUCCCCGUUCCACGACGAAACUGGUCUACUCGCAGGCCAAGGAAACUUCUGCGCGGCAACCAUGUUGAGGACUUCAACCGGAUGCUGAGGGAAAAUGUCCGAUCCAAAGAUCACUUCCUCGAUGGAACCAGCAACUCCCCUCUGGACAUCCUUCUCAGCCCACCUGAUGAAGAUGACAAACUUCUGGGCAACGAGUCCGAGCAAGAAAGUCCGUUGUCACUGAGAUCAAUAUCAAGCGAUUCAAUGCCCUCGUUAGAACACGGCCUCGCAUCGCCGCCUAGCCUACCUCUGCCACCCACACCGGGUAGCCAGAAAAGCCCACUGGAAAGGCGACAGCUUCGCUACUUCCACUCCGAGGAGUGUGCUUCUGACCAUCCUCUCCUUGAAACGGAUCUUGAUGACUGUGAAGUCAUUGAAAUCAAAGAUGACAAUGAGCCGGUCUCACCCGACUCAGCCCCCACGAAGCGAUCUGCCUCGUUCGGUUCUUUCCCACGUCUCGGGUCUACUUUCAAGUCCAAUUUGACUGCAUCAUUACGGGCUAUCAAAUCCGCUGCGCACUCAGUCUCGACAUUUGCCACACCCUCCGUUCAGCCAGAGGACUUCCUCACUCGGUCUCUCUUUACCAUCGCCCCGGAGUUGACCGAUGACCGCCGCCCACUUCCCAUGCAGGAAACGCCAUCACCAGCAUUGCGAAGAUACCUCAACCCGACCCCUAUGUCCCCGGCUGAGAUGUAUGUCUAUCACGAUCACCCUCAUGAAACACCCGAGGCCGCCAGUGCAUGCCCCGUCUCGAUCCAAAUGCAGACGUACCGCCGAACCGGCGGCCGUAGCCACCGUCGAAACAAUUUCCACAUUGCCAGCCGUGAUAAGCGGUUCACAUUCGACCCGGAAGUCCCUUCAAUGUCACGCCAGCGUGAGCCUCGCGAGAACAGUAAUUUCCUCCGUGUGGUCGUCUUGGAAAUGAACAUGCGCCGCUGCGGCAAACUCCGCGAUGACAUUCCUACUCGCGCUCGCAUCUGGCUUCCAGCGCGGAAAGCCAACAACCGCCUGUCAGGCCAAUACGAAGACGGUGAUGACAAUGACACUGUCCCGUCUCGUUGGGUGGGUGUCUCAGCCUAG